AGUUGACACAAAGAGGCCAGAAUUAUGUCUCCAUUUUUGUGCGCCAUUUCCAUCCUCGGCCUUUCAUCCCUGGCCACCGCCGCCAACUUCACUCAGGUCUUUGAGUGGGAUGAAAUGGAUUUCGAGUGGCCGUCGGUGGAAAGAAGGACACAGGCCUUGGAAGAUGGAAUUUACGACGCAGAGAAUAUCCUUCCUCUUUUUAUGGCAGUCUAUGGAAGAAGGAUCUUUCUCAGCCUUGAAAAAUACAAGAAAAUUCCUGUGACACUGGCGUCCUUGCCGACGAAGUCCUCAGCGUCUCCGAAGCUCACUCCAUUCCCUUCGUGGGACAUGCAUGUAUAUGAGAACUGGGAGAACUGCAACAAAAUAGAAGAAGCAAAAGGACUGCAAGUGGAUUCCGUUGGCAGGCUCUGGGUCCUUGACGAGGGAAGCUCGAACUCCAAUUGUCACGCCAAACUAUUGAUUUUUGACUUCAACAGCCAUCAAACUAAACUGAUUCAUCAUUUCUCAUUUCGAUAUCCUUUGCACGACUUGGUGCUCGACGAAACGGUCGACGGAACCUUUGCCUACAUCACGCGGGGGACUGAAAACCAUAUUGUCGUGUUUAGUCUGGAAAGCAAUAAGUCUUGGAUGGUAUACACGCCGAGAAUUGAGGUUCAUUCCCUUGGCCUGUCCCCUAAGGAUCAGGAACCGAGAAAGCUCUACCUCAGCAAAUACAAAUCCGACAACCUCUAUUCAAUUUCUGCCACUGAUCUCCGCCACGAAACUGGAACUGCACACCCGGAAUUAAUCGGAUCCUGGGCUGGAAUUCCCCAAAGAUUGCUGAUUGACAACAAUGGGACCAUGUAUGCCGCCUUUCAUUGGAGGAACUACAUAUCCUCCUGGAACACCUCCCAGCCAUUCCACGAGCAGCAUUUUCAUGAGUUCAGUGGACAGGAACCUUCCGCCUUUACUUUGACCUUGGACGAAAAUGGAACUCUUUGGAUGACAGUUUAUAACUCGGACAAAAAGCCAUGCUACACGCUUUUGAAGAUUUCAGACGGAGCAAAGUCGGAUAUCGUCGAUGAACCACCAGAACACCUGUUGAUGCAUCUCUUUGACACCAUCCUCAUCGGCUCCAUCUUAAUUAUCAUGGUCCUGCUGAGUUUAAGCAUUUUUUGGGUCACCCUACGAAUGAAGAUGAACAUCUUUCUUCAGCAAAUCACCAACGAGGGCUAGAAAAUGUAUGUCCCUUUCUCCUGACUGUUAAGCACACAAGAACAUUUAUUUAUGAUUGAAAUUGUUUCAUUUGUUUUAUUGGAAAUAAAUUAAUUGUUUUACCCUACAAUUUCUCGUUUUAUCCGAAUUAUUUCACCUAUUUUUCUUGAAUAACUGCGCCCGUACUGAAAAAUAAAUGUUUGUUUAACGUUUCUUCCCGUAAGAUUUGCAGUUUUAUUUUAAUAGAAAUGUGUAAUU